AUGGCUCCUUGGUUUGGUAUGAGGGGAGGAUGGCUCACAUUCUGGGUCACGGUUGCUUGUGCAACAGAUAUGACUUUGUUUGGUUAUGAUCAAGGUGUUUUCGGUGGUGUUAUCGUCACUGAAGAUUUCCUCAACACUCUCAACCUCAAUGGCAAAACCGCUUUAGUUGGAACGAUUACUGCUCUCUACGAUAUUGGUUGUUUCGUAGGAGCCAUCGCAGCCGUCGCCUUCGGUGAACGACUCGGUCGUAAAAAGACCAUUCUAUGGGGAACAACUAUUAUGAUCAUUGGCGCUAUUCUCCAAAUCGCAGCCUACGAUGUCCCCACGAUGAUCACGGGAAGAAUCAUAGCUGGUAUCGGUAAUGGUAUGAAUACAUCCACGGCACCCGUUUGGCAAUCCGAAACCUCAAAAGCUAGUCUUCGAGGUAAACUUGUCGUCAUCGAAAUGAUUCUCAACAUCGCUGGUUUCUCUCUUAGUAACUGGGUUACAUAUGGAUUUUCUUUCCUUUCAGGCCCAGUCACUUGGAGAUUCCCACUCGCCUUCCAAUUGAUCUUCAUCAUAAUCAUAUAUGCCACUGUCCCUUGGCUUCCCGAGUCUCCUCGUUGGUUAAUCGCCCACGGAAAGAUCGAUGAAGGUCGUCAAAUCAUUGCUGAUCUUGAAGAUCUCGAUAUUAAAGACGAUCGUGUAAGCAGCGAUGUGAAUGAUAUCAUCUACGCUGUUGAAUACGAAGAAGCGCAUGGUGUCUCUUGGUUUGAUCUCCUCCGUGGUCGAACUGGAGAGGCUGGAACCUCUACUAUACGUCGUCUCGUCCUAGGUUGUGGAACUCAAGCCAUGCAACAACUUAGUGGUAUCAACGUAACAUCCUACUAUCUCCCCACCGUCUUGAUCUCCUCCGUCGGUCUCUCAAACACACUUGCAAGACUUCUCGCCGCUUGCAAUAGUGUAUCUUACCUUGCCGCUUCGCUGCUCGCCAUCCCGAAUGUAGAGCGAUGGGGAAGAAGAAAUCUCAUGAUUUAUGCAGCUGCUGGUCAAGCUGUCUGUUAUCUGCUCAUUACCGUUCUACUCCGCUUCAACGAAUUAGAAGGCUAUGCUCAUCAAAAAGAAGUCGCUUCUGCCUCUGUCGCAUUUUUCUUCGUCUAUUACCUCUUCUUCGGUUUCGGUUGGCAAGGUGUUCCCUGGCUCUAUCCUACCGAGAUCAAUUCUCUCGCCAUGCGUACUAAAGGUGCUGCACUUGGUACUGCCACCAAUUGGAUCUUCAACUUCAUGGUGGUAGAAAUUACACCCAUUGGAAUUGAGUCUUUAAGAUGGAAAUUCUACAUCAUAUGGACGAUCUUCAAUGCGUCAUUCGUACCGAUUGUUUACUUUUUCUAUCCCGAAACGAGUGAUAGAACAUUGGAGGAUAUUGAUAGAUUAUUCAGAGAGAAUGGAAGUAUAUUGGUAUUCAAGGAUGCAGAUGCAAUUAGUAGAAAGAGACCAGCUAGAUAUUUUGAGGCAGAAAGAAUCGGUACAGUAGAUUCAGAUGAGAGAAAGAGUUUAGGUAGUAGUGGGGGCAAGAAAGCAAGUGAGCUUGGAGGGGUAUUGGCUGAACACGAUGAGGUAGUUAGAUAUUAG